CGUCAGUGCCGUAAAGCGCCAGCGGCUGUCGUGAUUCGGCCCAUGUGGGUAGCUGUUGUCACUCGGUAAGCUCGAAUCAUGAGAGAUUAUGGGUUAUUAAUAAUGUAAAUGUAUGAACCGGAGGAGCUGGAUAACAUUUGUCUGCACACAAACACGGGCUGCUGAGGGUUCAGGUGUAAGGAGGGGUAAUAUGACAGAAAACCCGCAGCAACAUCUCAUCCCAGAGCCAGAACGAGUGACAGAUUCAUAGAUCAGAAGCUGAUAGAUGUGAUGCGCGCGGUCUUUACAAGAUCUCGGGUGUGCAGCAGCUCGCAGCGCGUCCUUUAGUCCGGUUUCCGCGUGUUGAGAGCUCGGCUCGGUUCUGGUUCUGGUUCAGGAUGUUCGUGCUGGUGGAGAUGGUGGACACGGUCCGGAUCCCGCCCUGGAGCUUUCAUCGGCAGCUGAACGAAGCGAUCGCAGAAGAACUCAACAAGAAACUCGCCAACAAGGUAGUGUAUAAGGUGGGGUUGUGUGUCUGUCUGUAUGACAUCACUAAACUGGAGGACUCCUUCAUCUUUCCUGGAGACGGAGCGUCUCAUACUAAAGUUCACUUUCGAUACGUGGUCUUCCACCCGUUCCUGGAUGAGAUCCUGGUUGGGAAGAUUAAAGGCUGCAGUGCUGAAGGUGUUCAUGUGAGCCUCGGAUUGUUCGAUGACAUCAUCAUCCCACCGGAGUCGCUACAGCAGCCGGCUAAAUUCGACGAGGCGGAGCAGGUGUGGGUGUGGGAGUACGAGACGGACGAGGGCGCACACGACCUCUUCAUGGACCAGGGCGAGGAGAUCCGCUUCCGGGUGGUGGACGAGGUCUUCAUCGACACCUCGCCCACUGGUCCCAGCACAGAGAAAGAUGCUGCGAGCGCAGACACAGCGCCACCUGCAGGAGCGGAGGACAGCGCGCAGCAGAAAGAGGCUCCCUACACACUCAUCGGAUCUGUAAGUGAACCAGGGCUGGGUCUUCUGUCCUGGUGGAACGGUUAACAAUAUCUUUGUGUUAUAAACAUCAGCUGAAACUUCUCAUAAGACUGCAUGAACUUAAGUUCUGUGGACCAAUCAGUGAGCAGCUGAUGCUGACCAAUGGAGGACGCUUAAUAAUGGAGACGUU